GGAAAACCGAUGAAAAUGUGACACCGAACCGCAGUGUAUGAUUUUAAAUACACGAAAAGAUUACAGCAGCACGAAGCCCUCAAACCGCCCUGCUCUCUCCUUGAACCAAUCGCAGCACACCCUGGCUGCCGCUCCGGUGUGUCACUCCGCCGCUCUCCUCCAAUAGAAAAGUUGGACUGAACGGGACGCUGAGGCGGGUGGGCUGUGGGACGAUGCGGUUCGGGUCCAGGUGUGCCAUGCGGACAGAGAACUGAAAAUUUGCCAUUCUGCCUUAAAGUCUCUUACACAGCCCUCCCCAGUUCAUGUUCAGUCCAUCCGCUGCUUCCCAUCUGCCUACUAACAAGGCUUCCACGCAUCCUUUUGUUGGCGGUUAUGGCUUCCUCUGCGUUACUGCUCCUGGUGCUCUCCUCCUCCAUCUCCCUCACAGUGGCCGUUCUGUUUGGUGAGCCACGAAUUUAUGGAGAGGAUGCUACUGGUUAUGGUCCCAUCUUUGAGGAGGAGCCUAUAGAUGUUGUCUACACUGAGGACUCACCAGAUGGGAGAAUCUCCAUGAACUGCAGGGCACGAGCGAACCCCCCAGCUUCUUACAGGUGGCGCCGUGAUAACUGGGAAAUCAAGCUGAUGGAGCAGCCAGACGAGCACUACAGCCUGGUGGGGGGGAACCUGGUCAUCACAAACCCUAGACAGAAGAAACACGCUGGGACGUACAUAUGUGUGGCCAAAAACAUCUACGGCACCGUCAUUAGCAAAGAGGCCAGGGUCAAGUUUGGAUAUAUAGAGGAGUUUCCCCAGGAGGAAAGAGACCCGGUAUACGUCAAAGAAGGACAGGGGGCUGUCCUGCUCUGCGCCCCUCCAAAAGCCUGGCCACAGGAGGUGACCUACCGCUGGAUCUACAAUGAGUUCCCUGUCUUCUUGCCCACUGAUCGCCGUCGGUUUGUCUCCCAGAAGACAGGAAACCUUUACAUCGCCAAAGUGGAAGCUCAAGACGCUGGAAACUACUCCUGCUUUGUUUCCAGCCCCAUCAUUGGGAAGAGCGUCUUCUCAAAGUUUAUCCCUCUCAUCCCCUUACCUCCGGAGGAUGGUGAGGAGAGAAAGUACCCAGCAGACAUCAGGGUGAAGUUUCCAGAUACCACUGCCAUGCUGGCCUCUAACAUCACACUGGAGUGCUUUGCUUUGGGGAAUCCGAUCCCUCACAUUGUUUGGAGGAAAGUGGAUGCCACAGACCUCCCAGCAAACCAUGUGAUCAGCGAAUCAGGAGCUGUGCUCCAUCUGUACAACGUUCAGUACGAAGACGUCGGUGCAUACGACUGCGAGGCCAUCAACACUAAAGGAAAGGACUGGCACAAGGCCUGGCUGUAUGUGGAGUCUGCUCCAGAGUGGGCGGAAACGAUCAACAACACUCAGAUCGACAUCGGCUCUGAGCACACAAUGCGCUGUGUGGCAUCAGGGAAGCCGUUUCCUUUUAUCCGCUGGUACAAAGACGGAUAUAUGUAUGGGAAGGGAGAAUUAAAGUUCUCCAGUCUCACUUUUGACGACUCAGGAAUGUACCAGUGUAUUGCUGAGAACAACUGGGGUAUCAAAUAUGCCAACGCUGAGCUGCGGGUCAUUGCCUGUCCUCCUACAUUUGAAUUUAACCCUGUGAAGAAGCAACUUCUUGGAGCCAGGGAUGGCCGUGUGGUGAUCGAGUGUAAACCCAGAGCUGCACCCAGGCCACGCUACACAUGGACAAAGGGCAAAGAGCUUCUUUACAAUGGUUCACGAAUUUCCAUCUUGUAUGAUGGGAGUCUGGAGAUCCUCAAUGCCACCAGGAAUGAUGAAGGCACGUACUCCUGCUUUGCUGAGAACGACAGAGGAAAGGCAAACAGCUCAGGCUUUCUCACCAUCACAGAGCCAACGUUUCUCACAGAGCCACCAGAAGACUCAGAAGUAAAGGUUGGGGAUGAGAUCAUUCUGAACUGUGCUGCUUCAUAUGACCCCAUGUUGGACAUCACUUUCAUCUGGGAAAUCGACUUCAGAGUCAUCGACUUUAAUGCUGAGUGGCAGCACUACGAACGUGUUAUGAAUGUAGAUGGCAGAGGUGACCUGAGAAUAAAAAAUGUCCAGAUUUGGCACGAAGGUCGAUACAGAUGCACAGCCCAGACAGUGGUGGACAGCGACACAGCGUAUGCUGAUCUCAAGGUUGUAGGCGUUCCCGGGCCUCCUGGUGUGAUCCGAAUAGAAGAGAUUGGAGACACGUGGGUGAAGCUUAUAUGGACCAAAGGAGCAGAUCACAACAGCCCCAUACUUUCCUACACUAUCCAAACCAGGCACUACUGGGCCCUGAAUGAAGAUGACUGGAGAGAUGCCAGCACCUCACCAACUUUCCUUGAUGGCAAUGCAGAGAGGGCAGAAGUGACGGAUCUGUACCCCUGGCUGGAGUAUCAGUUCAGGAUCAUCGCCACCAACGAGUAUGGGUCUGGAGAGGCCAGUAUCCCCUCCCUCAAGAUCAAAACCUGGGAUGCUGCUCCGGUGGUUUCUCCCACUGAUGUAGCUGGAUAUGGAGGCAGAAAUGGUGAAAUCGUGAUCACAUGGACUCCUGUGGAGCCGUGGUUUUUCUACGGCAAAAAGUUUGGCUACAUCGUGGCAUUCAAGCCUCACGAUGCCUACGACUGGUGGUACGAGACAAUUUCAGACCCUGAGACGAGGCGCCACGUUCACAGAGACUCCUACUUCAUUCCCACCGAUGAGGAUUUCCAGGUCAGAGAGUUUCAGGUGAAGAUCAAGUCUUUCAAUGUGAAAGGAGACGGACCCUACAGCCUCACCAAGGUCAUCUACUACCCCAGAGAUGUACCGAUAGAGUCUCCUACGGAUGUUUAUGCCAGGCCGGUGUCCUCCACUGAAGCUUUAGUUUGGUGGUUGCCAGUUGUUGAUACUGGUACAGGACUGCAGCAGUACAUUGAAGGAUACCAGGUUAAAUACUGGAGAAAGUACGAUGACCCAGAGCCUGGUGCACACCGUAUAUUCGUCCCAGCUGCUGUCAAUCAAACCAGGUUGGAGAACAUGCUGCCAGACUCCCACUACCUCAUCGAGGUCCGUGCCUUUAAUGGAGCUGGCCUUGGACCGCCUGGUGAACAUUGUGAGAUGUUCACUAAGAGACCACCACCACCAGACCCUCCCCGGAUGUGGCGCUAUGUCACCUGGACAGGACAAUGGAUGUAUGUGUGGUGGGAUCAUAUCUCCUAUGACUGGUUUGGCAACAUCUCCUUCCCACUGUACUACAAGGUCAUGUUCAGAAAGACGGGCUACAUCUACGGGAAAGUCUACAUCACUGGCUGGCACUUCAUGGAUUUCCCCAUGCCUCAGACUGGAGACUACGAGCUAAUGGUGCGCGGCCGUUAUGAAGGAGGAGAUGGCCCGGUCAGGAAAAUUAGGAUUAUGGGUAAAGCAUCCAUGAUGACACCAACUCUAAGCCUGGUUUCUUUGGUGCUUCUGGCGCUGUGCAUUAUGGGAUUGGAAAUUUGAGCUUGCUGCAAGUAUCAUGUAUAUAAAAGACUCUGGGAUGAUAUGUGGAUGUGAAAGGGUAUUCAGUUUUCACUGUCAAACACUUCUCACAAUGAUAGUCAUAGGAUUAGAUCCUAUAUCGUCUGCUUUGUUAAAAUACCACACAGGAAGUUGUUUUUCACAAUAAGAGUCAUGGGUGUUGGCCCUGUCAGUUUAUACAGACCUAUUUAAUCUUCUAAAUGCAGAUCUUCAGGGUACAUUGUGUAACAUAUGAGACUCCGGCAUCCGAACAUACUUUAAACUUUGUUUUUGAAAAUAACUUAAAGACAAAUCCUGAGGUUUUAUUAAAGCCUUCCCAAAGUUAAAGCCAAAAGAGGAUAGAUAUUACGUUGUGGAUGUGAUAGGGAAUUUUUCAGCAAAUAAGCUAUUCUUUCAUCGUUAAGACAUAAAUUAACGCUUCCGUAAAGGUCACUUUUACUUAAUUUGCUUCAAACACUUCCUUCACUAUUGCAUUAUGUCUUCUGAAAUGAGUCAAACAAACAGUAUCAUGGUCAUGUAUAUUCCCUAGAACUGGGAUUUAUUUGUAACAAGCACUUUAAAUUUCUCAGAAAGGAUGAGCAAUGAAUAAUAUCUACAGGGCCAGAGAAUAAUGGCUGUUUUGUUGGGACAGAGCAGAGAAUUAUGACUGUAUCUUCAUCACCUCUCACAGAGUUUAUCACAGAUUUUAAUUUAAUACACCUGUUUUACAUUAUCAUAAAGACGGUUUAAUGGUUUUCACUUUUUUUUUGAACUUUUUAGAUUUUUUCUAUCUUUUAGUUGUGCUGUUUAACAUGAACAUAGGAUAUCUGCUGUAUUUUGAGUUAAAUUUUGUACAUAAAACAAUUCAAACUUGGUUUCUAGCCCUGCCAACGGGUGCUGAUUCACUUUGAAACAUCCUAAAAGACCAACGGUAAUUUCUGCAAACAACCUGUGUGAUUUAAAUGAGCAUUGAGGCUGCAGUUGGAUGAAAAAUACUCUAUAUCACAUUUAUGCUGAUUUCCAUUAUAAACAAC